ACUGGUUCCCUGCCUGCUGCCAAGAUGAUCACCACCACUGCUGCAUCCCAUCCCUUUUCCCUCUGUGGACUUGUACUGCUUUUUGCAGUAUUACUCCAGUCUGUCUUUGUUGCUGUCACAUAUAUAUACUUCACUAAUGAACUUAAACAGCUCCGCGAAACCUACACCAGGAGCAACAUUGCUUGUUUAACUGGAGAAGAUGUUGGAGAUUUAUUCCGACCCUCUACUUCUGAGGAUGGAUAUGAAAGGAAUGAUCCUUGCUGGGAAAUAAAGUCCCACUUGUACAUUUUAAUCAGAAAGAUCGUUUUGAAAAAUUACAAAUCAGACAAUACAGGUAAAGUUAAAGAAACUCCAUUGGCUGUUUAUCAAAAAGAAGAAGAUCCUGCUGGAGUCAUCGCUGCACAUGUAACUGGAGACAGCAGGAAAGUUUUCCCCCCGGAAAAUGCCUUCCUGAAGAAGUAUAAUGGGCAGAAAAUACAAGGAUGGAAAUCCCACAGAUCUCCUUCUUUUCUAAGCAACGUAGAAGUUGAAAACGGUGAGCUAAUUAUUAGAAAAAGUGGCUUUUACUACAUUUAUUCUCAGACAUACUUUCGGCAACGCUUCAAUAGGGGAACAGAAGAAAGAAAAGGGAAACAAUUAGUUCAGCAGAUUUACAAGGUAACAAGCUACCCAGAACCACUUCUUUUAAUGAAAAAUGUUAAAACAAUGUGUUGGUCUAAAGAGGCAGAUUAUGGGCUGCAUUCCAUCUAUCAAGGAGGGGUUUUCAAACUCAACGAAAAUGAUCGUAUUUUUGUCACAGUCAGUGAUAUUAGUCUGAUUGAUAUGGAUGAAAACGCAACAUUCGUGGGAGCUUUUUUGGUGGUCUAAAUCAAAUCAGUGCUGUCCAGUUGUAGGACUGUGGGGCAAAAGUGGCCUCUGAAGGAUUUUAUGGUGCCCACACUACCCAAGUGUUCUGUAUAACAUCACCAUUUCCAGAUAAUUCAAUGGGUUUUUUUGAAAAUAUUGGACAGCAGUGUUCUCUGAACAUGAAGCACUAAUAAACAUACUUAUUGCACCAUGGACUAAUGAAAGCAAG